AUGACUGAUCUCAAUCCUUAUUCAGCAAGCCUCAAAUCUCCAAGUUUUGAAGGGAAAAUCCAUCAUUUCACCUCAAGAUUGGCGGCAUUUGAAUUUUCACCUACGAAAACUCCAAACACCCUCAUCUUUAUUGGGGGAUUAACCGAUGGUCUUCUUACAGUUCCUUACGUCCCAUAUCUUGCAUCACAACUUCCAUCAAACUGGUCGCUUUGCCAGACUCUUAUCUCAUCCUCUUACAAUGGCUGGGGUACCGGGAGCUUGAAGCGCGAUGCGGCAGAAAUCGGGGAAUUGGUCAAGUAUUUGAGAGUCAAUUGCAAUAAGGAAAAAAUUGUCAUUAUGGGCCAUUCUACCGGUACUCAAGAUGUGAUUCAAUAUAUCACCAAGUUUCUUCAAAGUUUAGAUAAUGAUGUUGAGCUAUAUAAUGUUGAUGGUGGAAUUCUACAAGCACCAGCCAGUGACCGUGAAGCUAUUAGCAUGCUGUUAUCUUCUCAAGAAACAGAGGAAGCUAUUUCUGAAGUACAGGCAUUUGUUAAGGAAAAUUCCAAUGAUGACAGCAUUUUACUUCCUGAUAAGUAUGCCAAGAUAUGGUUUGGAACUCCUAUCACCGCGUAUCGUUUCUUAGCACUUACCGCUCCUUGUGGCGAUGAUGAUUUCUUCACUAGCGAUUUGCUUGACCUUCCUCAUGAUCAUCCUAAUUCCCCAGCGCAAACUUUCGGUAAAGUUAAUCGUCCUCUUUUGAUUUUACCCUCCGGAGACGAUGAGUUUGUUGCUAAGUCGAUUGACCAAGGUGAAAGAAUGGAAAGAUGGCAAAGCUUCAUGGACGCCAAAUUCAAGAGUAAGUACAGUGGUGUUUUGGAAGGAGCAAAACAUGCCGUUGGUCCUGACAGCAAAGAAGGGGCACAAGACGAAGUCGCGAAGAGAGUGGUUGGAUUUUUGAGUGAAUUGAUCUGA